CAGUUCACCAACGACACUCGUGCGAGGCGGAUGCAGAGCGCGCAAUACACACUCUCCUACUCGCUCGCUCUCUCUCUCUCUCUCUAACUCACUCAAACACUCUGCGUGGAGAAGUGCCAUAAACAACAAAAGUAGAGACAGAGCAGCAGCAGCAGUAAGAAAAACCGUUGAUGGUAGCCUUUUUCUGAAUGUGAAGGCGUCCUACAACAACAACAACAACAACAGCUAGAACAACAACAACAGGCAGCAGUUUUGCGGGUUUGUUUCGCUGUCCUGCAGCAAUUACAAUAACAAAUGCUUGUUCUUGUUCCUGCUAGGAAACAACAAUCUUCUUAACGUUGUUCUUGUUUUUUUGCUGUGUUUCGCGUGGUGCGUGUAAAUAAAAACAUCAAGCAAACAAUUUGUCGAUUUCUGUUUUUUUUGCAAGUUUUUUCAUGUGUUUACUGUACACACAGCUCGUAAUAACAACAAAUGGCGGCCGUGUAAAUUAAAGUGCCCAAAACAAAAAAAAAAAUUUAAAAAAAAAUAUAUAUAUACAACAACAACCAAAAUAUAGAAAAGAAAAUAUAAACAACAACAGCAGCAGCGCAACAACAACGGCAACAACAACAACAAAAUCACAGACAGAAAUUACAAUUUCAAUUUGUAGCAGCGCAGCGCAGGAGCGACGCCAGCGUCGACGUCAACAGCGACUUUUUCUCAACGUAUUUCGCAACACAAAAGUUGGGUUUAACAAUUUGAACCACAAGAAGAAGAACAACAACAACAACACCAAAUUAAAUACGCUUAUAGAAAACUAAAUCUUAAAGUCUAACACCAACAUAGAAACCAAAAACCGAAAACUAAGCUAAAACCUAAACUUAAACUAAAAAUUAAAUUAAAUCAAAAACAAAAAAAAUACCAAAAAAAAAAAGAAGAAAAGCAGUAAAUGAAAAAGAAAAAUGCUUUUAGUGAAACUUUCAGUAAGAACACGAUGUGAUCAGCGAUAACGGUAAAUGUGUAAAUAUACUAUCGGCAAUACUAUCGAUUCGUGUGCGUGCGUGAGUUGACCCAGAAAAUGUGUCUGUGUUGCCAAAUUGAAGCGCAUUCAAGCCAAUUAACGAGCCAAACAAAUCAACAACAAGAAAAAGAACAAGAACAACAAGAGUCAACAGAGCAAUAAACAUCGAUCGGUAUCGAUAUCGAAUCGAUAACUUUAAACUGCAAAACGAUAACACCAAUUUAUCUCUCUGCAAAGAAAACAAAACAAAAAGCAAAACACCAAAUUACGAAUAACGUAUUACAUAUGAAAUAUAUAUAGUAGGAAAUAGCGUCUAGUCUACAUAAAUAUAUAUGUUAUGCUAUAGCGAAUACGAUAGUUACACCAACACAAACACAAACACCGACACACACACAUAAACAUAGACAUAGACAUUAACAUAGAUAUAUAGAUAUAGCGAUUGCGAUUGCGAUUGCAAACAUUGUAAAUAAUGACCAAGAAGUACGAAUUCGAUUGGAUCAUUCCGGUUCCGCCGGAAUUGACCACGGGCGCCACCUUCGAUCGCUGGUUCGAGAACGAAAAGGAAACCAAAGAGAAUGACUUUGAGCGCGACGCCCUCUUCAAGGUCGACGAGUAUGGAUUCUUUCUCUACUGGAAGAGCGAGGGACGGGAUGGCGAUGUCAUCGAACUGUGUCAAGUGAGCGAUAUUCGAGCAGGAGGCACUCCAAGGGAUCCCAAGAUCCUCGACAAGGUAACCAAAAAGAAUGGCACGAACAUCCCCGAACUGGAUAAACGCUCUCUGACCAUCUGCUCGAACACGGACUAUAUCAAUAUAACAUAUCAUCAUGUUAUUUGCCCAGAUGCAGCAACCGCCAAGAUCUGGCUAGAUGGCAUACGAAAAAUCACACAUAAUGUCAAAGCGAAUAACAUAUGUCCCAUGAUGUGUCUGAGAAAACAUUGGAUGCGUCUCAGUUAUUGCGUGGAGAAGAGCGGCAAAAUUCCAGUCAAGACAUUGGCCAAAACAUUCGCAUCAGGCAAAACCGAGAAGCUGGUCUACACGUGCAUCAAGGAUGCGGGUCUGCCCGAUGACAAGAAUGCCACCAUGACCAAGGAACAGUUUACGUUCGACAAGUUCUAUGCGCUCUACCACAAGGUUUGUCCGCGCAACGACAUCGAGGAGCUCUUCACAUCGAUCACCAAGGGCAAGCAAGACUUCAUCAGUCUGGAACAGUUUGUGCAAUUCAUGAACGACAAACAGCGUGAUCCGCGCAUGAACGAAAUUCUUUAUCCUCUGUACGAAGAGAAGCGUUGCACGGAGAUCAUCAAUGAUUACGAGCUGGAUGAGGAGAAGAAAAAGAGCGUGCAACUUUCGCUGGACGGCUUCAAGCGCUAUCUGAUGUCGGAUGAGAAUGCGCCGGUGUUUUUGGAUCGUCUCGACUUCUACAUGGAAAUGGAUCAACCGUUGGCGCAUUAUUACAUCAACAGCUCGCAUAAUACGUAUUUGUCGGGUCGCCAGAUCGGUGGCAAGAGCUCCGUUGAAAUGUAUCGGCAAACGUUGCUCGCUGGCUGUCGUUGCGUCGAAUUGGAUUGCUGGAAUGGCAAAGGCGAGGAUGAGGAGCCCAUUGUUACCCACGGACACGCCUACUGCACGGAAAUCUUGUUCAAAGAUUGCAUUCAGGCGAUUGCGGAUUGCGCGUUUGUCUCCUCCGAGUAUCCGGUGAUUCUCUCCUUUGAGAAUCAUUGCAAUCGCGCCCAGCAAUACAAGCUAGCUAAAUACUGUGAUGACUUCUUUGGGGAUCUGCUGCUGAAGGAACCACUCUCCGAUCAUCCGUUGGAUCCCGGUUUGCCGUUGCCACCGCCGUGCAAGCUAAAGCGCAAGAUUCUCAUCAAGAACAAGCGGAUGAAGCCCGAAGUGGAGAAGGUCGAACUGGAGCUGUGGCUGAAGGGCGAGCUGAAGACCGACGAUGAUCCCGAGGAGGAUGCGAGUGCUGGCAAACCGCCAGAGGCAGCCGCCGCCCCCGCCCCCGCUCCAGAGGCCGCUGCCGCCGAUGGCGCCGCUGCCGAGGGAGGCGGAACCGAGGCAGAGGCCGCUGCGGCCAACUACAGUGGCUCCACCACAAAUGUGCAUCCCUGGCUCUCCUCCAUGGUCAAUUAUGCGCAGCCCAUCAAGUUCCAGGGCUUCGACAAGGCAAUCGAGAAAAACAUUGCCCACAACAUGUCGUCGUUUGCGGAGUCGGCGGGCAUGAAUUACCUGAAGCAGAGCUCCAUUGACUUUGUCAAUUACAACAAGCGCCAGAUGUCGCGCAUCUAUCCGAAGGGAACCCGAGCCGAUUCCUCCAACUAUAUGCCGCAAGUAUUCUGGAAUGCCGGCUGCCAGAUGGUCUCGCUCAAUUUCCAGACAUCCGAUUUGCCAAUGCAACUGAAUCAGGGCAAAUUCGAGUACAACGGCGGUUGCGGUUAUCUGCUCAAGCCGGACUUUAUGCGACGUGCCGACAAGGACUUCGAUCCGUUUGCCGAUGCUCCUGUGGAUGGUGUGAUUGCCGCUCAGUGUUCGGUGAAGGUGAUUGCCGGACAAUUCUUGUCGGACAAGAAGGUCGGCACGUAUGUGGAGGUGGAUAUGUUUGGUCUGCCAUCCGAUACGGUGAAGAAGGAAUUCCGCACCCGAUUGGUGCCCAACAACGGUCUCAAUCCCGUCUACAACGAGGAUGCGUUCGUCUUUCGCAAAGUCGUUCUGCCCGAUCUCGCCGUGCUGCGCUUUGGCGUCUAUGAGGAGAGCGGCAAGAUGAUCGGACAACGCAUCUUGCCCCUCGAUGGCUUGCAGGCUGGCUAUCGCCAUGUCUCGCUGCGAACGGAGGCGAAUUUCCCGAUGUCGUUGCCCAUGUUGUUUGUGAACAUCGAAUUGAAAAUCUAUGUACCUGAUGGCUUUGAGGACUUCAUGGCCAUGCUGUCGGAUCCCCGAGGCUUUGCUGGCGCCGCCAAGCAGCAGAACGAACAGAUGAAGGCCCUGGGCAUUGAGGAGCAGAGCGGCGGCGCCGCUCGCGAUGCCGGCAAGGCCAAGGAGGAGGAGAAGAAGGAGCCGCCGCUGGUCUUUGAGCCGGUCACCCUCGAGUCGUUGCGACAGGAGAAGGGCUUUCAGAAGGUGGGCAAGAAGCAGAUCAAGGAGCUGGACACGCUGCGCAAGAAGCACGCCAAGGAGCGCACUUCGGUGCAGAAGACACAGAAUGCGGCCAUCGAUAAGCUGAUCAAGGGCAAGAGCAAAGAUGACAUACGCAACGAUGCGAACAUCAAGAAUGCGAUCAAUGAUCAGACCAAGCAGUGGACCGACAUGAUUGCCCGCCAUCGCAAGGAGGAAUGGGAUAUGCUCCGACAGCAUGUGCAGGACUCGCAGGAUGCCAUGAAGGCGCUCAUGUUGACCGUGCAGGCGGCGCAGAUCAAGCAGCUCGAGGAUCGCCAUGCCAGGGACAUCAAGGAUCUGAAUGCGAAGCAGGCUAAGACCUCGGCCGAUACCGCCAAGGAGGUGCAGAACGACAAGACGCUCAAGACGAAGAACGAGAAGGAUCGACGUCUGCGCGAAAAGCGACAAAACAAUGUCAAGCGAUUCAUGGAGGAGAAAAAGCAAAUCGGUGUUAAGCAGGGACGCGCCAUGGAGAAAUUGAAAUUGGCGCAUGCGAAGCAGGUCGAGGAGUUUAGUACCGAUGUGCAAAAGCUUAUGGAUAUGUACAAAAUCGAGGAGGAAGCCUAUAAGACCCAAGGAAAAACGGAAUUCUAUGCUUAAAGUGUGAAAGUGUGAGAGCAACACGAUCAUCAUCGUCAUCAUCAUCAUCGACAUCGACAUCGACAUCAACAUCAUCAGCACCCCGCCAUCAUCGAGAAUUAACAACCAGAGAAUUCCAAUGUUAAUCCCCACAGCAAAAUUAAUAAUGAUCUUUUUGUGAAAAAUCCAAUUUUUAGUUGUAUAAGUAUCUACCUAAGUGAGUAGGAGUAUACCCUGUAAAUUGUAUACUAUUACUACAAAUUUAAAAUGGAAUGAAAAUCAACACUUUGUGCUUUAUAUUUAUUUAAGAUGUUUAACACUCACACACCAAAUAAUUGUUGAAAUUAUUUCUGAAUGAUGCCCAUCUCCAAUUUAAUGAAAUAUACAAAAAAAAAAAAAAGAAGAAAGAAUGGAGAAAAAGAAAAUAUUUAUACAUAUACUACAAAUCCUUAAAAAAAAAUACCAAAUGAAGUGUUGGUAUUUUUGUGCAUGAACAAGAACAAAAAAAUACACCGAUAAACUUAACCAACCCCUUUAACCUCCUCAAUUGUCCCAAAGUUCCCUAAGAUAUAAAGAGCGCAUAGCGCUAGAACAUUUUUUUUCCGUUCCUUCGUUCGUUCGACAGCGAGAAGUAGAAAAUACCAACCACAGUAUAUACUAAAUGUACGUACAUAUGUUUCAAAUUAAAAGCAAAAGCAAAAGCAAA